AUGGCAGGAGAAGCAGCAGCAGCCCGCGGCCGCAAGGCCCGCAACUUCGCGACCUUCCGCCUCUUCCCCCGCGACGGUGCCGCCGGCCCCGACGACCGCGUCUUCGUCCGCGUCGACAACAACGCCUACACCAUCCCCGGCUUCGGCGACGACCAGGACCCUCCCCUCUCCCCCACCGCUGCCGCCGACCAGCUCCCUUCAUCCACCUCUGCCCCCCUCCCCGACCACGUCCGCCAGCAGAUCCUCGAGCUCGGCCUCCCCGACGACGGCUACAACUACCUUCUCCAUCUCCGCGAGCUCCGCCCCGCCGCUGCCGCCUCCUCCUUCGUCCCCAGCCAUACCGCCCGCCCCGAGCCGCUCCCCCUCGACGUGAAGGCGUAUGAUGCAAGCAAGGUGCGAGUUGCUUCCGGCAAGGCCGAGGAAGAGUUGGACGAGGGGAGGACCAUGUGUAAGGUGGCCGCAAAGACUGCACCGGUGAGGCGGGUUGGGAAGGCCAUCGACCCUGACGUUGCAAGGUUGCUAGAUGAGAGCGAUGAUGAGGGUCUGGAGGAGGAUUUUGUCAUCAUGGCCAACCAAGCCGAAGGGGAUGAGGUGGACGAUGAAGAGGAGGAAGAGGGUGGUGGUGUGUUCAGUGAUGUGGAAGAUGAUGAGGGGUUCGAGGAUGAAGAGAGUGAGCCCAGGCAGAGGGUGCCGAGGCUGCUGGACGAACAGUUUGAUUUGCUUGCUUUGGAAGAAUAUGGAGAUAGUGAUGAUGAUGCUGGAGGUGUUAGAGAUGGGGAGCAUGAAUUGCCAAACGAGGUUAUAGAUGAAUUGAAAUUGUUCCACAAUCAAAAUGUAUGCAAUGAUGAAGGGUACAGAACGCCAGGAGAUUUUGUUCGUAGAAAGCUUGACACAACCACCGCAGAGGAGGUGGAUGAAUCUGCUAAUGUGAUCCAGAAGUGUGCCGAGUAUGCUGAAAAGUAUUUAAAUGACCCCGCACAAGAUGAAGAGGUCGUGCUUGUUUCAGAAAGCAGUGAUGAGUCUGAGGUUUGGGACUGUGAGUCCAUUGUUUCCACCUACUCUAACUUGGACAAUCACCCUGGAAAAAUUCAAGCUCCAAGAAAACCUAGAAAUCUGCUUCCCAAAGUUUUCCCUGGGGAAACAGCCACAACGAAAGAUAUCAUCAAGCUUCAUGGAAAAGAGAAACUUCCAGUUGAUUACCUACCACAGAGGAAAAGAAAGAGUGAAAAGGAGAAGAAACCAAAACCUGCAGAAGCAGAACCAGAAGCUCCAGAUACUGAAUAUUUCAAGAAGGUUGUUCAGAAGGAAACAAAGGAUGAAAAGAAAGCAAGAAAGUCUGCUGUAAAAGAAGAGAAGAGAGAAGCCCGGAAAGCAAAGAAAGAACUCAAAGAACUGUACAAGUUUGAGACACAAAAGGCUCAGAAAGUUGCUGCUGUUACAGGGCCAUCUUCCAUACGGCUAAAGUAAUUGUACUGUCAGAUAUGUAAUAUGUUUCCUACUAUACUAGGAUGUCUGGACUGUUGAAGUAUUAAAGAUAUACUUCGGGGUAAGAUGCCCGCCCCCUGAUGAUACCUGUCAUGUUUGUGGUUUUUGUCAGUGAUCAGAAGCAGUGAAUGAGUUUACUGCUAGAUAUCUUUAGUUUUGUGUUACCUUCAUGAGAAAUAUUAUGACAGGGGCAUUGCAAGAACACCACA